AUGGCAAAUCUAAACCCAACAAAACAUAUAACCAAGCGUAGAAGAAAGAAUUAUCAUCAACCUUUCAAGUAUGUCCCUAAAGAGCUUCUGACAGAAAUCCUUGCUCGAGUUGCCUCCUCAUCGAUCACUGAUCUCGUCAAUGCCAAAGCAUGUUGCAAGGGGUUUCUUGAAGCUGCAUCAGAAGAUUACGUUUUUGAGCAUGUAACAAUUGAUUCCUUCCCUGUCCUUCCCUGGAAGAUCAGCUAUGGUGUCUCUUCUUUCUUAGAGAGGUGCAAGAAGAGUGGGAACCCAGAAGCCUUGUUUAGACAAGGAAUGAUUGAUUUCUUUAGCGCUUUGAAACAUGAUUCUGGUCUCAAAAUGUUAGAGAGAGCAGCUAGCAAAGGGCAUGUAGAAGCUACAUACGUAUAUGGCAUAUUACUUGUGUGCCAUGGUGCUGAACUUAGAAACAAGGGAGUGAAGCUACUUUCUGAUUUGAAGAGAUCAAAAUCAAGCUUGGUUAUCACAGAAUGUAGAAAGAAAGUGCAAAGAAUUACUUGGGGCAUGUGGGUGAACAAUUACGUGGUUGGAAUUGGACCAGCACAAGAAGAAGAGUACAUGAAGAAGAGAAAGACUUGCAGCUCCUGUAAUUCUAAGUUAGCAAUGUGUUCUUUUACUACUGAUCAGUCUAAAACUAGAUCAGGAUGGACUUCUGAUGAAGAUUUUGAAGAUGACCCUUUCUCAUGCGACUCUUGUCUAUGGGACCUCGAAGCAAAUCUCUUUUGUAAGAUGUUGAGAACCGGAAGCUAUAGACGUUAAGGAUUAUUUUGAAAAAUAUGUAUUAUUGAUGAAAAGCCAAUUAAUAGCCAUUGGUAGCUUGGUAUACUCCCGUUUUCUACAUUCUCCACUUUUUCGAACACUGUGAUUCUAAUGUUGGUGCCAUAUUUCGAUUUCUCCUUUGCGAUUUAUCAGAGUCUUUUUUUUCCUCCAUGGAUCAUUAGUGGGGGUUUUCAGGUUCUAGCCUGUAAAGUUGUUCAUUCAAAGCAUUAGGCAAAAGAAGGAAAUAUGAAGGAUAUUAGUGAUAUUUUGCAGAUUGAUUUCAGAGAAAAAUCACCUA